GUAAGCAGCUCGAGGGUUUGGAGUUGUUUUUAUGUCCAACUCGGUGGAGAAGGAAAGAGACGCUCGCGCUCCGGUGCUCGGUUUCUGCGCGCACGGGCACGUGUGUGAGGGUGUGUGUGUGCGCGUGCAUUUGCGCUGCAUGUCAGUGUGUGUGAGUGUAUGUGUGUGUGUGUGUGUGUGUGUGUGUGUGUGUGUGUGCUCGCGCGCACACGCGCUCGGAACUCAGUACCUACAAUAAGGAAUUUAAACGGCUGAGGGUAAAAAGGCAGCGCGGGAUGUAGAGACAAGAAGGAGAGACUUUGGGGCAGGAAGGAGAGAUUGUGGGGCAGGAAGGAGAGACCGAGGGGCAGGAAGGAGAGAUUGUGGGGCAGGAAGGAGAGACCGAGGGGCAGGAAGGAGAGACCGAGGGGCAGGAAGGAGAGCGAUGCAGAAGCUGAAGGAGCAGGAUGAGUGCGAUGCUCUGCAGGCUCGUGGCGUAUCUCUCCGUCUCCCUGCACGCGCUGAUCGCCCCGUGCCAGCUCCAUCCUCAGCCUUGUGGCGUCCUCGCGCAGAUCGGACACACCGUCCGCCUCGGCGCCGUCCUGCCAUCGCGCCAGCCCUCGCGAGUCCGCGCCGCCCUCGCCCGCGCUCUUGCGCACGCCAGGAACAGACCCCACGCGCCGCUCCUGCCCUACAACCUGAGCAUGGAGGUGGUAUGGGCGCGGGCAGCGCACGCAGACCCGGAGUCGGUGCUCAGGUGCGUGUGCCAGGACGUGGUGGUGCGCGGAGUCUCUGCCGUGCUCGCGUUCCCGCAGAGCCGCCGCGAGCUCGCGCAGGUGGACUUCAUCUCCGCCUUCCUGGAGAUCCCCUUCAUCAGCGUCAUCGAGGAAGGAGAAGCGCUACAGACGCAGAACCGGUUCCACCUGCAGAUGUUGACUCAUGUCCCUGCGUCUGGAUUGGCUGAGGUGCUUCUCUCAGUUCUGGUGCAAGCUGGGUGGCAGGGCGGGGCAGCUGUGAUGUGCCCUGGUGGGGGUGACACCGAGGUGUUAGAACACCUCCACCGGCGGGGCCAAGCCGGGCUGAACGGUUCACACUGGCACCUGUGGGAAACCCUCGACCUUUCCAGCUACUGGACAUCUUCAUGGAGCAAAGAGGAAGCGAAUAAUAACAACAACAACAGAUUUAUUUUACAUAAAAACCCAGAGGAUUCCUCACAGGAAGUAGUCAAUAAGGAACAGGAAGUAAGCGAGCUUCUUUCACAGCUCAUGAAUCGAACCCCAUCUGCCCUGCACUCCACUGUCGUGGUGUUGGGAUCAGACCCAGAGUGUGUGAGCUCAGUUUUGCAUGGAGCGUCACGACUCAGACACACACUCUGGGUCCUGGGACUACCUCUGAACCCGGAUGCUUUAAGCGCUGUAGGUUCUCCAAAAGGUCUGCUAGCAUACGGACAGACGGAGCGCAGACCGCUCAGCUCCUACAUCAGUGACGUGCUGCAGCUGCUGGGCCGGGCUGUGUCUGAUGCCAGCAUGGUGCGACCCGACCUGGCGCUUAUCCAGAACAUGGUCAACUGCUUCGACAAACCCAAUAAACAUGAGGUGCUGUCAUCUGGACACUACCUGUCCAGAUAUCUCUCUAACGCGUCCUUUGAGGGUCUGACCGGCCGUGUCAGUGUGCAUCCCUCCAUCUCAACAGUUUCCACCACCCAUAAAUUCCACAUAUGGAACCUUCAGAGGGAUGCUCUAGGUCAGCCCAGCUGGACCACGGUGGCUGAAUGGCAUUCUGGACACUUGGAGAUGGAUAAAAAGAGCAUUUGGCCAGAUUUAAUGCAACCUGAGAUGAAUCAGGAUUUGCUCAUUCAACCAGGAGGACGUUGGCAUUACAGACUUCCUCUUUCUGGGAACAGACUCCGUGUUGUGACUUUGGUGGAGCAUCCAUUUGUUUUUACCGACAAAGCUGAUGAAGAUGGUCGAUGUCUGUCUGGACAGCUUUGUCUGGACCCUCAAACAAACAACUCAGAUAUUCUGAAUCAUCUUUUCCAAGAUCUGGAGCUGAGAAACAGCACAUCGUUACCGUCUGAGAUGAUCAAAUGCUGCUAUGGAUACUGCAUUGAUCUUCUGGAGAAGCUUGCUGAGGAUAUGCGAUUUGAUUUUGAGCUGUACAUCGUUGGAGAUGGAAAGUAUGGAGCAUGGAAAAAUGGCCAGUGGACAGGACUGGUGGGAGACUUGCUGAGUGGAGCAGCCGACAUGGCCAUCACGAGCUUCAGCAUCAAUUCAGCACGGAGUAAAGUGAUAGACUUCACCAGCCCGUUCUUCUCCACCAGCCUGGCCAUCAUGGUGCGCAGCAAAGACACGGCUGCACCCAUCGGAGCCUUCAUGUGGCCGUUCCACUGGUCCAUGUGGGUGGGGAUCUUCAUCACGCUCCACGUCACCGCUCUUUUCCUCACACUGUAUGAGUGGAAGAGUCCGUUUGGAAUGACGCCGCACGGACAGAACCGGGUUCGAGUUUUUUCCUAUUCCUCUGCACUCAACCUGUGUUACGCCGUGCUGUUCGGACGAACCGUCGCAAGCAAGACGCCGAAAGGCUGGACUGGGCGAUUCCUCAUGAACCUCUGGGCCAUUUUCUGCCUGCUGGUGCUCUCCAGCUACACAGCGAACUUAGCAGCUGUGAUGGUGGGAGAGAAAAUGUUCGAGGAGGUGUCAGGAAUUCACGACGCCAGGCUCCAGCACCCGUCUCUGGGGUUCCGCUUCGGGACGGUCCAUGAGAGCAGCGCUGAAGAUUACAUGAAGAAGAGUUUUCCUGAAGUGCACGAGUACAUGCGGCACUAUAACCAGCCCUCCACACCACAGGGGGUCGCUACACUCAAGACAGAUCCUCCUCAGCUCGACGCGUUCAUCAUGGAUAAAGCUCUACUCGAUUAUGAAGUCUCUAAUGAUGCCGAGUGUAAACUGCUGACACUGGACAAAGCGUUCGCUAUCGAAGGUUAUGGUAUUGGAUUUCCUCAGCAUUCCCAGUUGACCCAAAACUUUUCGAAGAUCCUGAACAGUUAUAAGUCGGACGGAUUUAUGGAUCUGUUGCAUGAUAAAUGGUAUCGUCUCGCUCCCUGUGGAAAACAGAGUUUUGCCCUCACCAAGACUAUACAGAUGGGAAUCCAGCACUUCUCUGGACUUUUUGUGUUGUUGUGUGUCGGUUUUGUGGGUUCGUUACUCACACUGCUGAGUGAACACACCUUCUACAACUUUAUCUUACCACACCUGCACAACCAACACCACCUGAAGUACUGGCUCCACACCAGCCAGAAAAUUCACCGAGCAUUAAAUACAGUGUGUGAGGAGAAAACAACAGACACAAAAACAAACAUUCCGUUGUGUCUGUCAGAAGGCUGUAAACUCCACCGUCUGCCCUCCACUGAUCCCUCCAUCUCCUCCUCCACCUCCAUCAACAAGUUGACCAGCGAAAGUCCCGAAGCACUGAGCGGAGAACCCAAAGACACUAACCACAAGCGUGUGCACUUCAACCUGGGGUCAGAGCGAGGCAUCAGGGGCCAAGACGUGGCCAUGGUGAGGCCACAGGUGGGCAUCGGGCUCUCAGAGGAGGCUGCAUGUGACCUGGUGGAGUUGGAGCAGGGCAGUAGGAGUUCGGAUGGUGGAAUGAAGAAGCUGUUGAGGUCACAGCGGGGUAUCAGGGGGUUAGUGGGCAGCCCCCCUGCUCAGCUGUGUUCUAAUGGAGAUGCGGCAUCAGGUCUCAGCCUGGUUCUCCUGCCCCCCGCCUGCCCCGAGGCAUCACGCAACGCUCUAUGGGAGGGCGAACUACAGGAGAUAGAGGGCAAAAUCAAAGAGUUCCGGGGGAACCUGCGGGCAGCGCUGGCACGGAGAGCUGAGCUCCAGAAGAACCUGCAGAAAGAGAAAGAGAGACAGAGACAGGCAGAGAGAGACAGCAGACGUCUCUCCAUUACCACAGACAUGAACAGGAGGAGGUGAUGAGUGAGACCGGAGGGAUGAACGAGUGCGCUCUCUCUCUCUUUCUUCCCUCUUCUCUUUCAAACGCUGUUUCUUACAAUCAAACUAAGUUUAGUAUUUUUAUUUAUUUCCUUUUAUUUUUUUUAUUUUACAAACAUGAAGAUAUGAAAGCAAAGCAGAAAAGAUUGUGAAUGAGAGAAAGCGUGAGAGAGAGAAAGAGAGAUGUAUAAUGAAAAAGAAAAGAAAAUAAUGAUGAAAAGCGGAAUUUGCUUGAGGAAUAAAAAAGGGAUCAAAGGAAAAAAGAACAAAAAGAAACAGUACAAAUGAGGAAAAGAGAUCAAAGUAAAUUUAAAAAGUUUUUUUUUAAGGAGUGAAGCAAUGGUGCUGGUUGGUCGGCUUGUUAUGACAUCAUCAGUGAGAAUUCUUCUGCUUUCUGAUUGUUAAUAUACAGUGUGAUGAUGUCGAUCAGGCAACAGAACGCUGAAGGAAGAAAAGUAAACUCACCUGAAUCA